AUGACACAUCAAAAGAUUCUGGGGGUGAUACUUUCAGAACUUGUGGUUCAGAUUCAGCAGAACUUCAAAAAACCUGCCGGGGGCAGACACCGAGCUUGGCGUUUUUCCGGCCUGCUGGUGGGUACCCUCGAUGUGGUGUUGGACUCCAGUGCCCGCGUCGCUCCCUACCGAAUCCUGUACCAGACUCCAGACUCUCUGGUCUAUUGGACCAUCGCCUGUGGUGGUUCCAGAAAAGAAAUCACCGAACACUGGGAAUGGCUUGAGCAGAACCUACUGCAGACACUCUCCAUCUUUGAAAAUGAGAAUGAUAUCACCACAUUCGUGAGAGGAAAAAUACAGGGCAUCAUUGCAGAGUAUAACAAAAUCAAUGAUGUGAAGGAAGAUGAUGACACAGAGAAGUUUAAGGAAGCCAUUGUGAAAUUCCACAGGCUGUUUGGGAUGCCCGAGGAAGAGAAGCUUGUCAACUAUUACUCUUGCAGCUACUGGAAGGGCAAAGUUCCCCGUCAGGGUUGGAUGUACCUCAGUAUUAACCACCUCUGCUUUUAUUCCUUUCUUAUGGGAAGGGAAGCCAAGCUGGUGAUCCGGUGGGUGGACAUCACGCAGCUCGAGAAGAAUGCCACACUGCUUCUGCCUGACGUGAUCAAAGUGAGCACACGGUCCAGCGAACAUUUCUUCUCUGUGUUUCUCAACAUCAAUGAGACCUUCAAGUUAAUGGAGCAGCUCGCCAACAUAGCCAUGAGGCAGCUCUUAGACAAUGAGGGGUUUGAGCAAGAUCGAUCCUUGCCUAAACUGAAAAAGAAAUCUCCUAAAAAAGUGUCUGCUCUCAAGCGCGAUCUCGAUGCCAGGGCAAAGAGCGAGAGGUACCGGGCACUUUUCCGGCUGCCUAAAGAUGAAAAAUUAGACGGCCACACAGACUGCACCCUCUGGACACCGUUUAACAAAAUGCACAUCUUGGGGCAAAUGUUUGUGUCUACAAAUUACAUCUGCUUUACCAGCAAGGAAGAGAACUUGUGCAGCCUCAUUAUCCCACUCCGGGAGGUGACGAUUGUAGAGAAGGCGGACAGCUCCAGCGUACUCCCCAGCCCUUUAUCUAUCAGCACCAGGAACAGGAUGACCUUUCUAUUUGCCAAUUUGAAAGAUAGAGACUUCCUAGUGCAGAGGAUCUCUGAUUUCCUGCAGCAGACGACCUCCAAAAUAUACCUGGACAAAGAGUUUGCAGGGAGCUACAGCAGUUCAGACGAUGAGGUGUAUUCUCGGCCCGGCAGCCUCGUCCCCUCCAGCCCCCAGAGGAGCGCGAGCUCUGACGCCGACGGGGAACGCCAGUUUAACCUCAACGGCAACAGCGUCCCCACAGCCACGCAGACCCUGAUGACCAUGUACCGGCGGCGGUCUCCCGAGGAAUUCAACCCGAAAUUGGCCAAAGAGUUUCUGAAAGAGCGAGCCUGGAAGAUUCACUUCGCUGAGUACGGGCAGGGCAUCUGCAUGUACCGCACCGAGAAGACGCGGGAGCUGGCCCUGAAGGGCAUCCCAGAGAGCAUGCGCGGCGAGCUCUGGCUGCUGCUGUCAGGUGCCAUCAACGAGAAAGCCACACACCCGGGGUACUACGAGGACUUGGUGGAGAAGUCCAUGGGGAAGUAUAAUCUCGCCACAGAGGAGAUCGAGAGAGACUUACACCGCUCCCUCCCGGAACACCCAGCAUUCCAGAAUGAGAUGGGCAUCGCUGCUCUGAGGAGAGUCUUAACAGCUUACGCUUUUCGAAAUCCUAACAUAGGGUAUUGCCAGGCCAUGAAUAUUGUCACAUCAGUGCUGCUGCUUUAUGCCAAAGAGGAGGAAGCGUUCUGGCUGCUGGUGGCUUUGUGCGAGCGGAUGCUUCCAGAUUACUACAACACCCGAGUUGUCGGUGCCCUGGUGGACCAGGGCGUGUUCGAGGAACUGGCGCGAGAUUACGUCCCGCAGCUGUACGACUGCAUGCAGGACCUGGGCGUGAUUUCCACCAUCUCUCUGUCUUGGUUCCUCACGCUGUUUCUCAGCGUGAUGCCUUUUGAGAGUGCAGUUGUGGUUGUCGACUGUUUCUUCUAUGAAGGAAUCAAGGUGAUAUUCCAGUUGGCCCUGGCCGUGCUGGAUGCAAACGUGGACAAACUGUUGAACUGCAAGGACGACGGGGAGGCCAUGACCGUUUUGGGAAGGUAUUUAGACAGUGUGACCAAUAAGGACAGCACCCUGCCUCCCAUUCCUCACCUCCACUCCCUGCUCAGUGACGACGUGGAGCCUUACCCUGAGGUGGACAUCUUCAGACUCAUCAGAACUUCCUACGAGAAAUUUGGAACUAUCCGAGCAGAUUUGAUUGAGCAGAUGAGGUUCAAACAGAGACUGAAGGUGAUCCAGACACUGGAAGAUACUACGAAACGGAACGUGGUACGAACCAUUGUGACAGAAACUUCCUUUACCAUUGAUGAGCUAGAAGAACUUUAUGCUCUUUUCAAGGCAGAACAUCUAACCAGCUGCUACUGGGGCGGGAGCAGCAACGCGCUGGACCGGCACGACCCCAGCCUGCCUUACCUCGAACAGUAUCGCAUUGACUUUGAGCAGUUCAAGGGGAUGUUCGCUCUUCUAUUCCCCUGGGCCUGCGGAGCUCACUCUGACGUGCUGGCCUCCCGCUUGUUCCAGUUAUUAGAUGAAAACGGAGACUCUCUGAUUAACUUCCGAGAGUUUGUCUCUGGGCUAAGUGCCGCCUGCCAUGGGGACCUCACAGAGAAACUCAAACUCCUAUACAAAAUGCAUGUCUUGCCUGAGCCAUCCUCUGAUCAAGACGAGCCAGAUUCCGCGUUCGAAGCAACUCAGUACUUCUUUGAAGAUAUCACCCCGGAAUGCACGCAUGUGGUUGGAUUGGACAGCAGAAGCAAACACAGCUCAGAGGAUGGCUUUGUUACCGUGAGUCUGAAGACAGACAGAGGGAAGAGGGCAAAUUCUCAAGAAAACCGUAAUUAUCUGAGACUCUGGACUCCAGAAAAUAAGUCGAAAUCAAAGAAUGCAAAGGAUUUACCCAAAUUGAAUCAGGGGCAGUUUAUCGAGCUGUGUAAGACCAUGUAUAACAUGUUCAGCGAGGACCCCAACGAGCAGGAGCUAUACCACGCCACGGCCGCAGUGACCAGCCUCCUGCUGGAGAUCGGGGAAGUGGGCAAGCUCUUCGUCACCCAGCCUGCCAAGGAGUGUGGCAGCGGGGGCGGCGGGCCGUCCUGCCACCAGGGCAUCCCCGGAGUGCUCUUCGCCAAGAAAGGGCCCGGCCAGCCGUACGGGGUGGAGCCGGCAGAGUCGCACGCGGCCAGCUCGGCGGGCGACAGCGAGGAACACUCCCUAGUGGGGCAGAUGGAGGACAUCAAGCUGGAGGACAACGGGGCCUGCUCCUCCAUGCUGAUCUCCGACGACGACACCAAGGACGACAGCUCCAUGUCCUCGUACUCGGUGCUGAGCGCCGGCUCGCACGAGGAGGACAAGCUGCACUGCGAGGACGUCGGGGAGGACACCGUCCUGGUGCGCAGUGGCCAGGGCACGGCGGCGCUGCCCCGGAGCACCAGCCUGGACCGGGACUGGGCCAUCACCUUCGAGCAGUUCCUGGCCUCCCUCCUAACGGAGCCCGCCCUGGUGAAGUACUUUGACAAGCCCGUGAGCAUGAUGGCCAGGAUCACCAGCGCCAAGAACGUCCGGAUGAUGGGCAAGGCCCUGGCCUCGGCCAGCGACUACGAGAUCUCCUCCAUGUCCGGCUGACCGGCGCCGUUCCUGGGGAGGCGGGAGAGGGCGGGACAGUGUCUUUUUUACGUUCUUCUGCGUUGGGGUUUCUUUCUUUCUUUCUUUUAAAUUAAAUAUUUAUUAGUACCCGGCUUGAAGCCUAGUGUUUUCAUAAUAUAAUACAAUGAAAACUGUUGGAGAAAUAUUUAAACACCUCGCUGUGGGUACAGCACACUCUCUCGUCGGGGGGAAGGGGGGUUUGCCAGAAUGCAGUUUAUGCAGUGAAUUCCAAAAAAAAGAUAAAACCUGUCCGUGAUAUGUGUGUAUUAUAACUUCUUAAUCUUGCCGUUGAGCUGUGUCCAUGGUUUAAAAACAAAUAGUGCUGUUUAAGGCUAGAGAAAGCAGCAGCCAUUUGUGUAUUGGGACUUUUUAAGUAAAAUCAGAGCUAUAAGGUAAAUGAAGUGUUCUUAAAUGGAAUAGGCAAUGUCGGCUGGGGUAAAUCCCAGACCACUUUGGGGAGCAUUAAAAAUAUUUUUUAAGAUUUGAAGUAUAUUUCAUAGACGUCCUCUAUUCAAAAAUCAUGUUCAAUCGACGUUCCCCUUCAAGGGGAAAACAUUUGAGAUUCUAAACUAUUAUGAAAGUGUAAGUGUUUUUUAUGUGAUGCCAGAAUAACUCUUCUAUUAGUCAAUUCGGACAAAGACCAACCAAUUUCGCAUUAAAAACCAGUUCUGGUUAUUUAUGUCAGCUGCCAGAAUCAGUGAAAAUGAACAGUCUUUUGUUACAGAGAACCCGAAAGUGGCAACGAAGAUGACAGAGGGCUCAGGAUUUUUUUUGUUUUAGAGAGAAGAAAAGUACUGAUGCUUCUGAUACUGUAUUUUCAGCUUCAUGUGACUCAUUACGAAUAAAGCAAAAAAAUAAACUUUACCCCUUCCAUACUCUCCAUAGAUUCAAGAAAUUAUACCAUGUGUCACAUAUGGCCAUCUUUCUGGUUAAAUCAAUGUAGAGAUGUUGUAAAUGGAAAAAAAAAAAUACAAACCUGCAAGAUAACGUAACUGAAUGUUUUAAAGCAGAACUUGUCACUUUAUAUAAAAGAAUAAUCGUAUGCUCUAUUUCUUGAAGGGACGUGGAAAUGGAAACUAGCACACCUGCACUUUGGAGCGUGCUUUUUUUUUUAUUACUAUUAUCGUUUUGUCUUUUACAGAUGUUGGAGGUUUUUCCCUCUUGUUGUCGAAUUCAUAAUCACGGUCAUAUUUUUUUUGCUUCUUCAGAAUAUUCCUUUUGAUGCUUUAUUUUAUUAUACAUUGUGUCCCUUUUUUAGCCGUUGCUGCCAUUUUUUAUUUUGUUUACAGAAUGAUUUUUAAACUGUCAAAUGAAGUAGUGUUAACCUCAAAUAGGAUAAAUGUGAACAAAUAAAAUACAUCAGAUACUCAGA